CAGUUUUUACAGAGAAAAAGUAUUGAUGAGAUGGACGGUCUUUUAAUGAUUACUGCGUUAAAAAAGGAUGUUGCUAACAUGAGAACUAAUGUGGAUCAUUUUUAUAGAUUGUGGUAUAAACAAACUUUGAAACUCUCUGGCAAGGUGAAUCUGGAAGAGAGCAGGAAAAGGAUUGUUGCAAAACAAACCACUUGAUCGAACUCACUCUGCGAUUCUUGUUUAGAGCAUUACAAACUAACUGUGACUAAACCAUUAAUAGAUCAUCUUCAUUCGUCUUUGAAUUCCCAUUUCGACAUGGACAGUGUUACAAUCUAAAAAGGCUUGAGUGUCUUACCUGUUAAAAUGAUUUCACUUCAGGAGAGGGGAAUUGACUGGAAGGAAAAUUUUAAAUACGUUUCUGCUUUUUAUCACGACGAUCCGUCCAAUCCUUUAGCACUGGGUGCGGAAGUAAGACAAUGGUUUCUUUACUGGAAAGGAUACAUUAGGGCACUUCGAAAUACCAUUACUUCUACGUUGAAAUGUGUUAACUUUGCAGGAGAUAAUAAUAUUAAAACAGUUCUUUGCAUUUGACGCACUCUUGCUAUUAUAUCACCCGUUUCGCUCAUUCUAAAUGGGUAUUACUCAGAGUUCUAAAUUUUAGAAUGCGGAAGAUAGCCAAUUUAGAUUGCUUUCUGUGCUAUCUAAAGGCUAUGUUUGUCUCUCCUGACCUCAAUAUCUCUGGGCACUGUUAGUGUGAGACAGAAAAGAUGGCGCUCAGUAGGAGCGGCAAUCGCAGAGUAAAAACCAUACUCUUUGACUGUGAAGACAUACUCUGCGUCUGGGAAACUUAGUAGGAAAAAUAUUUCUCUCUCUCCUAAUGUUGUUCUUCCCAUUCGCACGAUCGAUACAUUUGAAGGCUUUCAAGAAAACCUUAACGAAGGUACAAAUAAUUUACGUGGAACUGGAUCUCGAUAUGAAAGGAGGAGAGUGAAUGAAAACGAAUCCUGGAAGUGUUUGCAAGAUAAUUUAGUAAAGUCGUACAUCGAAAAUUGUGCCAUGUUGCCAGGACAACUCUGCGUAAAAUGUUUAGAAGAUGGGAUACCAGCAAAGAAAGCAGAAAUUAGAUGUCGUGAUUGCAGUCACGGACAGUUCUACUGUUUUGAGUGUGCGGAAUCCCUUCAUCGAACGAGGAAUGUUUUCCAUUUGGUUGAAGUAUGGAAGACUGAUUGUGAAAUGUUUGUUCCAUUACUUUUUGGUGGUAUAUUACGUGACAGUCAGCAUGCUAACUGCUCUUCAACACAAUCACGUACUAUAAUAUGUGUGGAUGGAAAGGUCGGCAGCAUUUAAAAAUUGUUGAACUCUGUCAGUGUAUUAAGGAUGCUGAAAAACUAAUUAAACUCCAGCUGUGGCCAGGCUCAUCUUCUAAACCCAAAAUUGCAUUUCACUUUGACUUCAUGGAUUUUGCUGAAAAAUUCUUGCUCAAGAGCCAUGUAUCCUCGCACAAAUUUUGCAGCACUGUUGAAGUUGAAUAUCCUGAAAUGCUACCUAGACUGGUCAAAAACAUAUAUAAUGUGUUAAACAAUGGAUCAUUCGAUGAAUACAGAUAUUUCAAACACCAAGUCAGAUCAUUAAAGUUCAUACAGAAAGACUUGAUUGAUUAUAGAAAUUGCCCUCUUUGCCCACAAGUCAGUAUUUGAUUUCUUUUUUUCUACUAUUUGCUUUGUGAACUAUUUUAAAUUAUAUGUUUUUUGUCACAUAUAUUAUCAGAACAUUUAAAGUUGUUGUGAAAUAUGAAGUGUUACAUGUUUACCAUAAAA